AUGGCCUCCAAGGUGUAUGCGAACUCGAUCGAGUCGGUCUACAGAAGACUUGGUCGAGCUAGACUUACAACGGGUAGAAAGAGGGUUCAGAGGUCACAGAGGGUACAAGAGGAACCUGAGGUGCUUGUUGCUGAUACAAUGGAUGUACCAGAGGGGAAUGGAAACCCUUUGGGCAAUGGACUCGGUCGAGCUAGGCAAACUCGACCGAUUGGUCAAGGAGAUGCUCCAAACCGCCACCAACAGAGACAAGGGAUUGUUCCACCACCAGUGCAGAACCACAACUUUGAGAUCAAGCUGGGAAUGAUCAACCUUGUCCAGAACAAGAUGUUCCAUGGAUUGCCAAGUGAAGACCCCAUUGACCACCUUGAUGAGUUUGAUAGGCUUUGUGAUUUGACAAAGAUCAAUGGUGUCUCUGAAGAUGCCAUCAAGCUGAGACUCUUUCCUAUGUCUCUAGCUGACAAAGCUCACCAAUGGGAGAAGAGCUUGCCCCAUGGCACAAUCACCACUUGGGAUGAAUGCAAGAAGGCCUUUCUUGCUAAAUUUUUCUCCACCGGUCGCACAGCCAAGCUUAGAGGAGAGAUAUCCAGCUUCAUCCAGCGAAACAAUGAGACAUUCGCAGAGGCUUGGGAGAGGUUCAAAGGCUACACAAGUCAGUGCCCACACCAUGGAUUCAACAAUGAAUCACUACUCUCCACUCUUUAUAGAGGAUGCUUGCCUAGGUAUAGGGAGAUGCUAGACACAGCUAGCAAUGGGAACUUCCUCAACCAGGAUGUAGAUGAUGGCUGGCAACUUGUGGAGAACAUAGCUAACUCAAAUGGAAGCUAUGGAGAAGAGUAUGAUCGCACCAAUCGGAGCUCGACCCACCACUCGAUCGAGUCAGACGAAAAGUUGAGAAAAGAUGUUAAGGCAUUGAAUGAGAAGUUGGAUAAGCUGAUCUAG